AUGGCUCAGUCACAUCCAUUACUUGCCAGAAGGAGCUCUGCGCAACGAAUCCCGGCAGCCCGGCAGGUUUUAAAAGCCGGAGCACUCGCCGUGAUUAGAUCCGCCGUGAGCUCCCCCCGCUCCGGCACGGGGGGGCUCGGGGACCCGGCGCUGCCCGCACGGAGCUCCGCGGCAGCAUCCUCUGGGAUCAACCUCCGCAGGGAUGGGGUACCUGAGGGAUCAGCAUCCUCUGGGAUCAACCUCCGCAGGGAUGGGGUACCUGAGGGAUCAGCAUCCUCUGGGAUCAACCUCCGCAGGGAUGGGGUACCUGAGGGAUCAGCAUCCUCUGGGAUCAACCUCCGCAGGGAUGGGGUACCUGAGGGAUCAGCAUCCUCUGGGAUCAACCUCCGCAGGGAUGGGGUACCUGAGGGAUCAGCAUCCUCUGGGAUCAACCUCCGCAGGGAUGGGGUACCUGAGGGAUCAGCAUCCUCUGGGAUCAACCUCCGCAGGGAUGGGGUACCUGAGGGAUCAGCAUCCUCUGGGAUCAACCUCCGCAGGGAUGGGGUACCUGAGGGAUCAGCAUCCUCUGGGAUCAACCUCCGCAGGGAUGGGGUACCUGAGGGAUCAGCAUCCUCUGGGAUCAACCUCCGCAGGGAUGGGGUACCUGAGGGAUCAGCAUCCUCUGGGAUCAACCUCCGCAGGGAUGGGGUACCUGAGGGAUCAGCAUCCUCUGGGAUCAACCUCCGCAGGGAUGGGGUACCUGAGGGAUCAGCAUCCUCUGGGAUCAACCUCCGCAGGGAUGGGGUACCUGAGGGAUCAGCAUCCUCUGGGAUCAACCUCCGCAGGGAUGGGGUACCUGAGGGAUCAGCCCCCUCGUGGAUGAGGCCCCCUCAGGGAUCAGCCCGCUGUGGGAUCAGCCCCCUCGGGGAUGGCCCCCCUCAGGGAUCAGCCUUCUGUGGGAUCAGCCCCCUCAUGGCGCGCCGAGUGCGGGCCGUGAGAUUUCCGUGGGGUCCGCCGCGGCUGCUAAAAAUUCGCUGCGGCUCUGCAGGAAAGCGAAUGCAAAGCUCUCCACACAGUUAG